CGAGGGAGAGCUGAGCCACGUGGGUGGAGCUGGAGCGCGGCUCGCAUGGGGGAGUCUAUCCCGCUGGCCGCCCCGGUCCCGGUGGAACAGGCUGUGCUGGAGACAUUCUUCUCUCACCUGGGUGUCUUCUCUUACGACAAGGCCAAGGACAAUGUGGAGAAGGAACGAGAGGCCAACAAGAGCGCGGGGGGCAGCUGGCUGUCGCUGCUGGCGGCCUUGGCCCACCUGGCCGCAGCCGAGAAGGUCUAUCACAGCCUCACCUACCUGGGGCAGAAACUAGGGGGCCAGUCUUUCUUCAGCAGGAAGGACUCCAUCCGCACCAUCUAUACUUCCCUGCAUAACGAGCUGAAGAAGGUGGUGACUGGCCGGGGCACCCUGGGAGGGACCGCUCCUCACGUGGAAGAACUCCUUUCCCACCUGUCAGAGCAGCUCUGCUUCUUUGUUCAGGCGCGGAUGGAGAUUGCAGACUUCUAUGAGAAGAUGUACACCCUCAGCACACAGAAGUUCAUCAAUGCUGAAGAGCUCGUUGGCCUUUUGGACACCAUCCUCAAGAAAUACAGCUCCAGAUUUCACCACCCAAUCCUCAGCCCUUUGGAGAGCAGUUUCCAGCUGGAAGUCGAUGUCCUGAGUCAUCUCCUGAAAGCCCAGGCUCAGGUCUCCGAGUGGAAGUUCCUGCCGUCUCUGGUUAACUUGCACAGCGCUCACACCAAGCUGCAGACCUGGGGCCAGAUCUUUGAAAAGCAGCGGGAGACCAAGAAACAUCUGUUUGGAGGGCAGUCUCAGAAGGCUGUUCAGCCCCCACACCUUUUCCUUUGGCUGAUGAAACUCAAAAACAUGCUUCUUGCCAAAUUUAGUUUCUACUUUCAUGAGGCACUGAGCCGACAAACGACUGCUUCAGAAAUGAAAACGUUGACUGCAAAAGCCAACCCAGACCUGUUUGGAAAGAUUUCCAGCUUCAUCAGGAAAUACGAUGCUGCCAACGUGUCUUUAAUCUUUGAUAACCGAGGGUCUGAGAGCUUUCAGGGUCACGGCUAUCACCACCCCCAUUCCUACAGAGAGGCCCCCAAGGGUGUGGACCAGUAUCCAGCCGUAGUGUCUCUGCCCAGCGACAGGCCUGUCAUGCACUGGCCCAACGUCAUCAUGAUCAUGACGGACCGCACCUCCGACCUGAACAGCUUGGAGAAAGUGGUUCACUUCUACGAUGACAAAGUUCAGAGCACCUACUUCCUCACCCGCCCAGAACCCCACUUUACCAUUGUCGUCAUUUUCGAGUCAAAGAAAUCUGAGAGAGACUCCCACUUUAUUUCCUUCCUCAAUGAGCUCUCACUUGCCCUUAAGAACCCCAAGGUUUUUGCAAGUCUGAAACCUGGAUCCAAAGGUUAGCAGGUUAUCUAUGCGAAAGGUUUUCAAGAGAAGAAAUUGUGUUCUUAAUUGCUCUAAUGAUCUACAAUGGUCCGUGAUUAGGGUUUCGAUCCACUCAUGCUUCUUUCAGAGCUAAAUUAAAGACAAAGCCUCCCUAAUUGUGUCACACACUUUAUAUGCAAUUAAGGCCAAUUAAGUAAAGCAGGGUCCUCAAACUAUGGCCCGCGGGCCACAUGCGGCCCGCCGAGGACAUUUAUCCGGCCCGCUGGGUGUUUUUGCCGCCGCUGCCUGUCCUGCUUAGC